AUGGAGCAGUCACAGUGUGGCAGUAGAGACCGCAGCCGCAGCGGCCCACCCCACCUAGCCCCGGGACUGGUGGUAGCGGCCCCUCCGCCCCCGUCUCCAGCGUUACCGGUACCCCCGGGGAUACCCGUUCCUCCAACUUUCCUGCGCCCGUCCAGCCUCUUUCUGAGGGCAGCCUCCACCGCCGGAAGCGGAGGUUGCCCGCCGCCUGCCGAACUGGAAAGGGGGGUGGGCGCUGUGGCCGGUGGCUACCCACGGACACCCAAGUGCGCCCGUUGUCGCAACCACGGAGUGGUGUCAGCCCUCAAGGGCCACAAGCGCUUCUGCCGCUGGCGGGACUGCGCGUGUGCCAAGUGCACCCUGAUCGCAGAGCGCCAGCGUGUCAUGGCCGCACAGGUGGCGCUGCGCAGACAGCAGGCCCAAGAGGAGAGCGAGGCUCGGGGGCUGCAACGGCUUCUGUACCCUGGACCCUUAGGACCAGGGGCUCGGUCAUCCGGAGGCAGCAGCAGAACGGAGACUUCCCAGACGGCCUCGAGCGGCCCUGCGACGGUGACUGCCCUGGGACUGAGUGCCUCGAGAAAGGCUAGUGGUCUGGCGACCCCUGUUUUCGAAAUUUUCCAGCCAGAUGAUAUAGAGGAAAAACACGGACAAAAGGAGAGUAAAUGUGACUCAUGCCAGAGUGGACAAGAAGAACUGGGGUCUAAAUCCCAUCAGUUUACCCUGAGAUCAUCUCCUAAGUCUAAUGAUGUCGCUGGAAAACAAAACAUCAGGUCAUCUAUUUCAGAAAACCCAAACAAGGAUGAUAGCAUUCAGUCUCUUCAUCCUGGGGAGCAGUCAGGAGGGGAAGAGAGUCCCAGGUCCCUGUCAUCCUCUGAUUUGGAAUCAGGAAAUGAAAGAUUGUUCUCUUUUCACUUGGCGUCAAGGGAUUGACUCAAAAU